AUGUCGGUGGUUAAUGCACGGCGUUAUAUAUCAGUGUUUGUGAUACUGAUUUUCAACGUAACGAAACACGAAGCAACUGAACGUAACUGCUCUUCGUUCUUGGACUGUGGUGGCGGUGCUAGACCUUGUUGUAGAGUUAGUAACAAGCCUUUGAUCCAAGUCUGUAGUGAUAACUGUGUUGGCAAAGCAUGUCUCCAUGCUUAUCAUUGUGGUGAUAAUCUUUACAGUAUCUGCUGUAAGAAUAACGUUUGUACAAACGAUAUAGAAAUGUGUAAUUGUAAAUCUGUUCAUGAUCCUAUAUGCAGGCGUAAUGGCAAAUAUUGCUGUAAAGAACGUUUGUCGUAUCGAAUAAGAACGUGCAAAAAGAACUGUGAACAUCAUCCAUGUACUAACAACGACGAGUGUGUCAAGGGCGAAUGUUGUAAUAGUAACAAUGUGUGUUCGCCUGAUUGUAGCUACCUACGAGAGUGUAGGACUGACUCGGAUUGCACCCACACUUUAAAAUGUUGUGACUUCAAACCAAGCAACAAAACAGAGUCUAUCAAAGCCU